UGAUUUUCUUUGUUUGACUGUUCUCGCUGUUCAGCCAAAAAAAAAAGCCUCAAAAAGCCGAAAAUGAUGACCAACUCCGACAGUUGCGGCGAACUGGUCGCUGUGCCGAGCCCGCCGCCGCCGUCUGCGCUGGCGUCUGGAGUUGCGCUGUCGAACGCACUGGUGUCGUCGCUGCCGAGUCUGGCGGAGGCAACUCCCGCUGCAAGUACUCCAACAGCGACGACGACGAGCGAGGAAACUACCGACACCAACCAGGCUGUCUCAGCCAGCCUUCCCGCGCAUAGUCCCGGGCCCGGUGCCGAUGAGGAAACCGGACCCGUCGUUUCGAUUGCCAGCAUGAUGAACGAGUACGAGUCGCGUAUUGCUCGAGAAGUGCUCAAGUGGGAGCGCGACACGUUGCACGAGGUCCACCAGAGCCACAAAUCUAAGAAGAAGCUCGAACAAGCUGUUGCCGCAACCCCGCCGAGAACGGCAACUCCUACGCCCUCUCCCGCUCCGGCCACCACAGCCGACGCCGACAGUGCCAAGGCUGCACAACCAGGAGCCGCCACGUCCUGGUGGGAUUGGUUGACUGGCUCGAGCGCCAUUUCUCAGAUGACGACCAACGCCAUUUAUGACUGCCUCGUGAGAAUCGAAUCGCUGGCCCUCGACACCGUCUCCCUCGACGCGCUGCAGCACAACAUGAUGACGUUUGCAGCGCGCAGCGGCUUGGCGGAAAGCAUUCACUCGCCUGCAGAGUUUGACCUGUUUACGCUCCAGCAGCUGGACGAGCUGGCUGCCACUUACGCGUCCCCGUCGUACCUGGCGUCGUUCAUCCAAGGCGCUGGUCUCGGCCUUGGCGGGCUGCUCUUCAUGACGGCAGACAUUCCCCUGCUGAUUGCGCUGAACUGCCGCGUUCUCGCUCAGCUCGGCUACAUUUAUGGCGGCCAGUACUACGCCAAGCCCGCCGUCGUUCUGCACCUGUUUGUGUCUUCGUGCUCCUCCAUGCUUGCGGAAGCCCAAGACGAUGCUGUGCGUGCACACAGCGCCGCCCACGAUCUUGUUAGCGAGUGGCAGCGUCGUGUUUCGCUCGAGACGCUUCGCAAGGACGUCAUUACCGAUGUGGAGAAGGGCGUUGUCACUGAGGUGAUCAAGAAUAUUUCAAUCUUCCUGGCGGCCCACUUUGCAAAGAGCAAGCUCCUCCAGCUCAUCCCUGUUGUGGGUGGCGCUGUGGGAGCAGGGUCAAACUACUUUUUCACCGCAACGUGCGUGCGCAACGCGCAGAUGACGCUCCGUCGUCAGUACCUUGACCGCCGUUUCGGAAUGGCGGCUGUGCACGCGUGUCUGGACGCCCAAGACGACGAGGCGUUUGCAUGGACGCUUGUCGAUCACGCCGAAGACGAUGGCGAUUUUGACGAGUUUGCAAAGUCGCCGUCGCCGGAUGAAUUUGUGUCGACAACCAGCGGCCAAGGGCUGCUUGUGCAUGAUGUGGCGAUCGAGCAAACGGAAGACGAGGAGGCAGCUCGCAUUGCGCUCUCCUUGAGCAUGCAGCGUGUGUCGGACUUGGAGCACCAUCCGCUGAUGGGCGUGCCGGCGCUGUCCGAGCUCCCUGCGCAUUCCGCCCGCACUCACAAGGGUGGCUCUACAUCGUCCGGCUUGUCUGCGAGCUAUCUUUCCGCCACUCAGUCUUCUUCUUCGACGUCGACCGGGACCUCCACGGCCUCCACCCCGUCCUCCUCCAGGCCCCCGAUGACUGGUGACGAGCAUCCCUUGACCUUUUCAUUCUCAGGCGUGUCGGAAGAGAACUGGAAGAGCUUUAACGAUGAGAUUGAUCACGGCGAAGUGAAUCAAGCAGCGGCUGCUCGCAUCGAUGCCGCGUUGACCGAGCAGCUCAUGUAACGAUGAGUUGAAACGCAGUCAUGUAAAGUUCACGGAUUCUCGCUCUGUUCGUUCCGUCUGUUCUUUUUGUUGUGUGUGUGUGUGUGUGUGUGUGUGUGUGUGUGU